CCCCUCGCGCAGCUGGGCUGGGCUCCCGGGUCCCUCCCCGCGGGCUGGGACCGGGGCCGGGCAAGGCGGGGCCGGCGCGGGGCUCCCUCGCCAGGAGCUUUCCGGGCCCGGCAGAGCGGGGAGCGCGGGGCUGAGCCAUGAGCCGGCCCGACCUGGACACGCACCGCCUGGCGCUGCUGGCCGCCAGGGAGGACAUCGUGGGCCGCCGCGCCUCCACCGGCUGGGCCAUCUUUGCGUAUGGGAAGCACAAUGAGCUGAAGCUCCUGGACUCGGGAGCGGGCGGGGCAGACGAGCUGGCAAGGAAGUUCUCCAGUAGCAACGUCAUGUAUGGCCUAUGCCGUGCCCAGGACCCCGGCUCCGGGCAGCCCCACGUUGUCCUCAUCAGCUGGGUGGGGGAGAAGGUGCCAGAGUCCUACAGACAGACCUGUGCGGGGCAUCUGCCUGCCAUCAAGGCCUUCUUCAAGGAGGCCAGCCUGGUGCUGAGCGCCCGCCGCCCCGAGGAGGUGACGCAGGAGGGGCUCCACCACGUGCUGUCCCGGCUCGCGCCAGCAGGGGGCAGCGUCUCCAGGCAAGCACCAGCCAGCAGCUCCGAGGAACUGGUGGGCACCAACUACAGGAAAACGAACCCCGCCCUGGAGAUCCGCAGGACCAAACGGGACUCGUUCUGGGCGCAGGCUGAGAGGGAAGAGGAGCAGCGGAAGGAGGAGGAGCGCCGGCGGCUGCUGGAGGAGCGCAGGCGCUGGGAACGCGAGCGCAUGGAGGAGGAGAAGAGAGAGGCGGCUGAGCGAGAGCGCAAGUUCAAGGAGAAGGAGAGGCUGAUCGAGGAGCAGAGGAAGGAGCAGGCUCGGCUGGAGGCCGAGGAGCGGAGGAAGGAGAAAGCCCGAUGGGAGCAGCAGCAGCGGGAGCACGAGGAGGCCAUGCGGGACCGGUUCCGGCGUAGCGAGUCCAUCGAGAAGGCAGUGGAAGCGGCCACGCUGGUCUCCCGGCGCUCACAGAAUCCCCGGGAGUUCUUCAGGCAGCGGGAACACUCCAGCUCCACUUCGGGUGCCCAGUCGCCCCCCUCGCCCCUGGGUGUCAGGCCAGGAGCACCCCACAGGCCAUACCUGCGCUACCAGCGCAGCCUGACUGAGUCUGCCUACAUCUUCCGCCGGCCAGAGCCCCCCACUUCGCCGGGUGACUUCCUCCCGGCCCCCUCCAGCCCUCACACCUCUGAGUCCUGCUCCAGCACGGCUGCCCCUCCUGUCAGUCCACGCAGACCUACACCCCUGCCCCCCGCCAGCCUGCCUGGGACAGGGCCCUUGUCCCCCACCAGCCCAACUUGGGCCAAACCCCUACCUCCCACCAGCCCGCGCAGGACAGGGCCCUUGUCCCCCACUAGCUCACCUUGGGCCAAAUCCCUACCCCCCACCAGCCCGCCCGGGACAGGGCCCCUGUCCCCCAUCAGCCCACCUUGGGCCAAACCCCUGCCCCCCACCAGCCCACCCAGGACAGGGCCCCUGCCCCCAGCUGUUCAGCCCAGGACCAAAGAUCUGUUCCACAUCAGUCCAGAUGGAACCAUGAUUCUGCCUCCCAUCAGCCUGGCUGAACCCGGGACUCUACCCCCUGCCCCCUCUGCCAGAGCCAGGUCUCCACCCCUUGCCAGCCCUCCCACAGCAGGGUCUCCACCCCUUGCCAGCCCUCCCAGAACUUGGUCUCCACCCCCUGCCAGCCCUCCCAGAGCCGGGUCUCCACCCCCUGCCCCCUCUCCCAGAGCCGGGUCUCCACCCCCUGCCAGCCCUCCCAGAGCCGGGUCUCCACCCCCUGCCCCCUCUCCCAGAGCCGGGUCUCCCCCCCCUGCCAGCCCUCCCAGAGCCGGGUCUCCCCCCCCUGCCCCCUCUCCCAGAGCCGGGUCUCCACCCCCUGCCAGCCCUCCCAGAGCCAGGUCUCCACCCUCUACCCCCUCUCCCAGAGCCGGGUCUCCACCCUCUACCCCCUCUCCCAGAGCCGGGUCUCCACCCUCUACCCCCUCUCCCAGAGCCAGGUCUCCACCCCCUGCCCCCUCUGCCAGAGCCGGGUCUCCACUCCCUGCCAGCCCUCCCAGAGCCGGGUCUCCACUCCCUGCCCCCUCUGCCAGAGCCGGGUCUCCACUCCCUGCCAGCCCUCCCAGAGCCGGGUCUCCACCCCCUGCCCCCUCUGCCAGAGCCGGGUCUCCACCCCCUGCCCCCUCUGCCAGAGCCGGGUCUCCACCCCCUGCCCCCUCUGCCAGAGCCGGGUCUCCACCCCCUGCCAGCCCUCCCAGAGCCGGGUCUCCACCCCCUGCCAUCCCUCCCAGAGCUGGGUCUCCACUCCCUGCCAGCCCUCCAUCCCCUGCCCUCUCUGCCAGAGCUGGGUCUCCAUCCCCUGCCAGCCCUCCCAGAGCUCGGUCUCCAUCCCCUGCCAGAGUCAGGUCUCCCCCCACUGCUAGCCCUCCAUCCCCUGCCACCCCUCCCAGAACUUGGUCUCCUGCCCCUGCCAGCCCUCCCAGAGCAGGGUCUCCAUCCUCUGCCACCCUUCCCAGAGCCGGGUCUUCUCCACCCCCUUCCUUUUCCAGAGCCGGGUCUCCACCCUCUGCCAACCCCCCACACCCUGUCAGCCCUCCCAGAGCUGGCUCUCCACCUCUUCUCUCUUUACCCCUUGCCAGCCCCCCUUCCCCAGUGUCUCUGUCCCCCAGCAUCCCCCAUGGGGCUGGGUCUCUGAACCAGCCCCCAGCUACAUUUCUGCCCAUGGAGGAGGGUGCCCCUUGCAUGGAUCCCCUUUCACUCCAGGGCCCCUCUGAAAGCUCCCUCCUGGCAGAGUUGGUGCCCACUGAGGGGCCCCAUGGCAGGCUCCCAGAUGUGCAGACUGGGCCCCUCUCUGACCCCACUAACCCAUUACUGGCCAUGGGGGAGCCUGCUCCAAGCUGCCCAGUUCUCUCCAGCGCAGGUUCCCUCUCCGUGGAAUCUCUGCCUCAGCCCGCACCCUCGUGGCCCUGGCAGCCUGGCACCUCCACGGCUGCAGCCCCCAUGCCUGGCAAGGACCCCGGGGCAGGUGGAGAGGCACAGGUGGAGCCCCCCCACGGGCCUCGCCCGGCACCAGGGGCCAGCCCGGCCGAGCUCCUCCUGGAGUCGGGACACAACGGCAUAGCAAGGCAGGAGGCCAGGAGGUGGCCAGAGCUCACGGAGCUGGAGCCAGGAGAGACGGGCGCCCUGAGUGGCGGUGCCAAGCUCCAGCUGCAAGCGGCGUGGGAUCCCCCAGCAGGGGGCACAGCCUGGGUCUCUCUGCAAGGCGGCGCCAGGCAGGUGGUGCUGGAGGGGGGGGAGGCUGCCGAGGGCCCCUCCCCCCCCACUGCAUAGAAAGCAGGGGCUGCCGGACCCCAGCACUCGCCUCAUCCCACAGGGCCAGCGUGGGCUCGGCUUUACUGACUGCAACUCGCCGCGGGGCUGCUCGGAUCACCCCUCCCCCCCCACACACUCUGGGGUGCCUGUGGGCCCAACCCCUGCACUCUGAACCUCUGGCACCCUGUUCUCUGCUCGCUGGGUGAGCCCCCAACCCACCAUGGUACCCAGGGACCUGGGCUGUGGCCUCCAAGGCCUAAUAAAGGGAGCUGUGGGAACUUGC